AUGAUUAGGGUAAACCACAGCAAGUCUAGCCGCCCUUGCCAAACACAUUCUGUCACCUGCUGCGAAUCCCCCCAAAUGGACACGGCAAGCAUGUGCACCGUGGAGAGGCGCGGCCGCGUCCACCUCAUCACCCUCACCGGCGCCGGCGAGCACCGCCUCGGCCCAGCCCUCAUCUCGGCCAUCCGCGCCGCCGUGGCCGCCUCCCCCGGCGCCGGCGCCCUCGUCCUGGCCGCCGAGGGCAAGUACUUCUCCAACGGCUUCGACCAGGCCUGGGCGCGCACGGUCCCGCCCCACCUCCACACCGCCAUGAGCGAGGCCUUCCGGGGCCUCGUCGCCGACCUGCUCGCGCUCCCCAUGCCCACCGUGGCCGCCGUCACGGGCCACGCCGCCGCCGCCGGCUGCGCGCUGGCCCUCGCGCACGACUCCGCCGUCAUGCGCGCCUCCCGCGGGUUCCUGUACAUGAGCGAGGUCGACGCCGGCAUCAAGAUCGUCGACUACUUCGCGGAGCUGCUCCUGCAGAAGGUCUCCGACGCCGCGGCCAGGCGGGACAUGCUCCUCCGGGGGGACAAGAUGACGGCCGCGGAGGCGGUGCGGCGGGGCCUGGUGGACGCGGCCGCGGACGGCGGCGUCGACGACGUGGUGGCCGCGGCCGUCGCGGCGGCCGAGGGGCUCGCGGCCAGGGGGUGGGACGGGGAGGUCGUGGCCGAGAUCAGGAAGGCCAUGUGGCCCGCCGUGUGGGCCAAGGUCAAGGACUACGGCGCCGACGCGGCGGCGCCCCGGCCGCGGCUGUAG